AUGUCGGAGGAAACCAAUUCUUAUACGAACGAGCAUAAAACAGAACUGCCAGAAGAUACAAUCAGGGACUUUCAUGAUCUUGAUGAUAUUAUUAAUUCUAAUUCAUAUUUUGAAGAUGACGAUAAGUGUUUGGAAAGAUUCCUGAAGUCUGAUGUGACUAUAGAAGAAGAAUUCAAACAGGAAUUAAUUCAGCAGGUACCUCCUUAUAAAUGUGACACCUGCGAUAGAUCUUUUAAAAGACUACAUGAUUUAAAACGUCAUAAGGUAGUGCAUAGUUUUAAAUGUAGUUAUUGUUCAAAGACUUUUCAAUUAUCAAGUCAUUUAUACUUGCAUCACAAAACUCAUACUGGAGAACAACCAUAUAAAUGUGAUAUAUGUAACAAGGCAUUUAAUCGAUUGGAUAAUUUGAAACAACAUAUGUAUAUUCAUAGUGAAGAACGUACUUUUGAAUGUGAUCUUUGCGAUAGCAAAUUCAAACAAUCGUGCCAAUUAUCUAAGCACAAGCUUAUUCACAAUAAAAAGAAACGUUAUAAAUGUAUAAUAUGCGAUAAGAAAUUCACACAAUCAAGCCAUCUGAAAAGCCACUUGUUGAUACACACAGGAGAGCAUCAUUAUAGAUGCGAAAUUUGUGGUGAAAGCUUUAAUCAAUCAAAUCUGUUAAAAAACCAUAUGCAUAUUCAUACUGGACAACUUCCAUCUGAAGAAGAACAGAAAUUAAAUAAAACAUCGACUUAUAAAUGUAACAUGUGUGAGAGAUCUUUUAAAAGACAAUAUCAUUUAAAACGACAUCUCAAAACUCAUGUUUGUAAAUGUACAUAUUGCCCAAUGAUUUUUCCAGAUUCAAGUUAUUUAAAGUUGCAUCUCAGAAUUCACACCAGUGAAAUGUCUUGUGAAAUAUGUAAUAAAACAUUUGCCGGAAAGAAGAGUUUAAAUAAACACAUCUGUAUUCAUACUGAAGAGCAACAACAUAAAUGUGAUAUAUGUAACAAGGCAUUUAAUCGAUUGGAUAAUUUGAAACAACAUAAGUUCACUCAUAGCGAUGAACGCCCUUUUGAAUGUGGUAUAUGUGGUAGCAAAUUCAAACAAUCAGGCCAAUUAUCUAAGCACAAGAUUAUACACACUGAUGAAAAACGUUGUACAUGUAUAAUAUGCGAUAAGAAAUUUGCACGACCAGCCAAUCUGAAAAGCCACAUGCUUAUCCACAUAAGAAAAUGCCCUUAUACUUGUAAAAUUUGUGGUAAAGGUUUUAAACAACCAACUCAUUUAAAACUUCAUAUGCAUACUCAUACUGGGAAGCGUCCAUCUGCAGAAGUCGAGCAGGAAUCAAUUCUUACAUCGACUUAUAAAUGUGACAUGUGUGAUAGAUCUUUUGAAAAACAGUAUGAUUUGAAAAGUCACACAGAAGCUCAUGAUCUCAAAUGUAAAUAUUGUUCAAAGACUUUUUUAUAUAGAAGCUAUUUAAAGCGGCAUUUCAGAAUUCAUACCGGGGAAAAGCCUUAUUUUUGCAAAAUAUGUGAUAAGGCAUUUACUACUCAUUACGGUUUAUAUAAACACACCAAGAUUCAUACUGCAGAGCAACCAUAUGAAUGUGAUAUAUGUAACGAGGCAUUUAAUCGAUUGGAUAAUUUGAAACAACAUAUGUUCACUCAUAGCGAUGAACGCCCUUUUGAAUGCGGUAUAUGUGGUAGCAAAUUUAAACAAUCAGGCCAAUUAUCUAAGCACAAGCUUAUACACACUGAUGAAAAACGUUGUACAUGUAUAAUAUGCGAUAAGAAAUUUGCACGACCAGCCAAUCUGAAAAGCCACAUGCGUAUCCACAUAGGAGACACAUUGUGAAAUUUGUAAUAAAGGUUUUAAU